AUGAAUUCAAAUUCAUUUUCCAAAAAUCGUCAUCGUGUUGCAAAAGGUUUGAAAGGUGCUGUCACGGAUUAUUUUAUCGAAUAUGAAACACCAAAAGUAGUUGUAAUACAUAACGCAAAAUAUGCUGCAAUACUUCGUAUUAUACAAAUUUCUAUUCUUAUUUAUUCUGUAGUAUAUUUACUUAUACAUGAAAAGGGUUAUCAGAAACACGAUACAACAGCUAUAUCAUCAGUAGCACUUAAAGUAAAAGGCAUCGGGUAUGUUGCUACGUCAGAAAAUAAAACAAUCAUUAUUGACGGAGCAGAUUAUAUUAUUCCACCAUCAGAGAAUAAUGCUAUAUUUAUAAUGACAAAUUUUAUUCAAACUGAUCAAAAACGAUCUACAUGUGCUGAAAGUAAAAAACUUAGAGAAGCAAAAUGUAAAAAUGAUAGUAAAUGUAUCAAUCAACCAUUUAUACCGAGUAUGAAUGGGCGUUGGACAGGUCGAUGUUUGUUGCCACCAGAUGCAAAUGUUGUCAAUGAAACAACAAAUGAUACAAAAACUACAAUGGGCUUAUGUGAAUUUGCAGGUAGACUUGUUUUCAGUUUGCAAAACUUAACCCUUUGA